AUGGAUGAAAACAGCAAUCGGAAACUUCAAUCUGAUUGGUACUCUCGAACUCGCCUCCACAACAGUCCUGUGGAGUAUGAUUUUCCAGGAGAUAGAUUUAUACCGGAUAGGAGCCUGAUGGAUCUUGAUCAAGCCCACAGUUUGUUAACAACUCCGACUCAAAAACCCAGCAAACCCAAGUUUAAAGUUGAAUAUAGAAGAAAGCUAGAAAAUAAUCUGAAGUUGGAUGUUGAAGGAAGGCCAUUUCAAAUGCUGGUUUUUAGGGGUAGCCCAAAAUCGAGUAGAAAAUCAAACCGGCUAAUAGACGAGAUGCAACGGAGUAAUGAGGAGAUCUUGACUCAUAAGCCAUGUCGACAAUUCCCAAAGAGAGAAUCUUGUAUUUUGGAUGCACCUAAUAUCGUGAACCAUUUCUACCUGAACAUCAUGGACUGGGGGAAAGCCAACUUUCUUGCAAUUGCUUUGGGCUCAAAAUUAUACUUGUGGAAUGCUGAUAAUCGAAAAACUGAAUUAUUGUCAGAAGUGGGCAAUGGUGACGAUUAUCCUACUGGUGUAGCCUGGUUGGAAGAUGCCCAAACAGUAGCAGCUGGAUACCAGUGCUCGAAAAUAUAUCUUUGGGAUGCCGAGACCCUAAAGAUUGUUAGAUGCCUUACAGGGCAUCAGAAUAGGGUGGGUUCUGUUGCAUGGAAUGGCCAGAUUUUGACUUCUGAAAGCAGUGAUAAUGCUAUCAUGAAUCACGAUCAUUUCUCGCUACUAUAA